AUGGUGCCACCAGCAUUGGUAAAGAUUGUUGGUCAAGAUUCGACCAAUCGGCUCUCAAUUGUGGCUCCUCGGAAGAUGUACGGUACGUUUCCAGUGUUAGCAGGAGUACCUCCGCGCGUAAAAGUGUUGGAUACUUAUUCAGUCUCUCUCCGUGAGCCCAGCGGGGCUACCCAAAGCAACUGCAGAGUUGUAGGAGACUUGGCGAGCUUCUUGUGGGGUCGGCCGUGGAAGGAUAGCCGAAUGUGUACCGUAGGCCGUGCGGCCACAUCGAUACUCCGGAGGAAAUCCAAUGGAGCGAGAGAGAUGGUACGCUAUGUACGGCACGAGAUAUGCGACUCAACACGGUCACCUUCCGUGCCCUGGCGGCGCCCCGCCGGUGUCCUCGGUACGGAGGUGGAGAUACGCCGUUGCAAAUCCGGGGUCAAGGUCUCCACUUCAGACCGUGUCGACGCUAGUGUCGACAUUUAUGCUGUCGAAGAGCAUUUUGAAUCCAUGAAGCCCUCUAAAUUAGACGGUGUUCAGCACAUUGUUCACACAGGUGUGUUGCUGAUCGAUUGGUCAUCCCCAUUCCGUGUAAAGCCCCGUCCGGGCGGCCGUAUCCCGCGGAAGAACAGUGACUCCACACCGUCGCCGCGUCAUUUGUCUACGAUGUGGACCUGCUCCACUACGGACCGGUUUGACGCUACUUCCCGUGAAUCACUGCACAGUGAUCAUUCCUACUAUCCGUAUGGGGGAACGGCGGGGUAA